UGAGUGCAAAGCAGAUACCAUCAUAUAUUCUUAUUAUUGCAGUAUGUUUGCUUUAAACUUUAUUGUGUUAUUGAAUUAUUGCAUCCUCUUUUGUAUUCCAGUAGAAACCCAUGCUUGGCAGUUUAAUGAAAGUUCCGCCAGUGCAGUGAAAGGGAAUUUGUCAAGCUGUCAGCUUUUAUUUUUAGGUGCACCUCAAGACCACCUGUACUGUUCUAGCUGAUGAACCUCAAUAUCACUUGUACUUCUUGAACAGGUGGACCUCAAGAUCACCCUUACCUACACAUUUUAGCACACCGUUUGUACUGCUUCAACAGGUUUCCAAGGGGAUUACGCUUAAAAUCAACAUUUCAAGGCUGUGAGUGAGGUUUCGCUAUGGGGAAGCAAAACAGUAAACUGAAACCCGAGGUUCUGCAGGAUCUUCGGCAAAAUACGGAGUUUUCCGACGUGGAAUUACAAGAGUGGUACAAAGGAUUCCUUAAAGAUUGCCCAUCUGGACACCUAACGGUCGAGGAAUUUAAGAAAAUUUACGGCAAUUUUUUUCCAUAUGGUGACGCUUCAAAGUUUGCCGAGCAUGUGUUUCGUACCUUUGACGCAAAUAGUGAUGGUACGAUUGACUUCCGUGAGUUUAUCUGUGCGUUGAGUGUAACGUCGCGAGGACGAUUGGAACAGAAAUUAAAGUGGGCUUUUAGUAUGUACGAUCUGGAUGGAAAUGGAUAUAUAUCGCGGAACGAGAUGUUGGAGAUAGUCUCAGCAAUCUACAAGAUGGUGGGCACAGUUAUGAAAAUGCCAGAAGAUGAAUCAACACCUGAAAAACGGACAGACAAAAUCUUCCGACAGAUGGACAAGAACCUUGACGGGCAGCUAUCGUUAGCAGAGUUUAUAGAAGGUGCAAAGAGUGACCCGUCUAUCGUUAGAUUACUGCAAUGCGAUCCCAACUCCACCAGUUGAAAAUGGAGUGCUGAAAAGUUGGACUUUAAAGCUGCACAUACACGGAAACAAACACUUAUCAGCUCAUUGCACAAUGACUCUGUUCGAGGAUCUAUAAGCAAGGCCAGCCUUCAAAAAAUGUUUGUUUGAGGUGAACCACCAAUUUUACAGAGUACAUGUACGGUAGUUUAAUAGUGGGGUAGCUCCACUAAUGUUUGGCAGAUCAGGCAAGGGUCGACUCAUAAGUUAAAGAAGAAAAAUGGUUAUUUUGGUAUAUGAUAUGCUGAUCACAUGUAAUCUGUCCUGACAAGACAGCCCUACACAUCUAUUUUGGUCUAGCUAGGCCCCUCAUUAAUCAUAAGAAAAUGUGUUUAAAAAAAUGUACAGUGCAUUUUCAAUAAACAUGUUUGCCCACAUCAGAUGAACAUUUCUUGUAGGGUGACCUUGUGUGACUUGUUACAAACAUUUCUUGUAGGGUGACCUUGAACAUUUCUUGAAGGGUGACCUUGUAUGACUUGCUACAAACAUUUCUUGUAGGGUGACCUUGUGUGACUUGUUAUUUAUUGAUGGCAAUGUAUACAUGUAUGUAGAAUUUAAAUGACUGUAAUUACUUCUGGCUUUAAGUUUAUAUUGUUAAUUUUGAUGUAUUUUUGUGGCAAAUAAAUUAAUGUACAUGUAGAAGUAAAUGGGAACUUUUAAGUAGCAUAGAAAAGUGUUAUGAUAUGAUUGGAAACAAAUGAAAAAGGCAUUGUUGACAUUGGUGAGAUGUGAUUAUUGGAAAAAAUUAUUUUCUUGUCAUCUCUAUGGAAGAGUAUAUCGUGCAUACCGAUCAUGUGACCAUGAAGUCAUAUUGACUUUUUUGUAGACUUGUGAGUUAUAGCACGGCAUGUUGUAAUAAUUAUGUCGACUUGUUUAUUAAUUAAGUAGAUAAGUCAUUAUAAAUAUUGAGUCAUGUCAUUUUAUAAGCGCACAUCAAUAUAAAGCAAGUUGUCAUGACUACCUGUUCACAUGAUCUGUAAAUGGCCGAUAUGAUCCUCCAUAUAUUUCUCAUAUUUAUUGAAUAUUUUCAUUUCAUGAGUAGAUUUGUAUAUAUUACUAUAUGGUUGAAUGUGCAUGUCAAACGUAUAUAUACAUGUACCUGGUGUUUUGUACAUUUAUAAUGAAAUCCACAACUGUUUUUGCACAAGGCCAAAAAAAUAAAUAUGAGUGUCUCAGGUUACCAUUUAUACUGUAUAUUUUCCCCCCACCUAAACACCUUUUUUGGGAUAAAUAUUUGAGGUAUACAUUAAUUUCAGAAUGAAAACUUAUUUGAUUUUAAAGCUGCACUCUCACAGAUAAAACGUUUUGACAACUUUUUUAUCUUUUGUCUUGGAACGAGCCAAUUUUUGGGAAUAUUCAUGGAAACCAAGCAUAUAAGACUACUGCCAAAAAAUCAGAUCGCAGAUUAUAUUCAAAAAUUAAAGUUCUAUGCAUUUUUCUUAAACUGUUAGAAACGGUUUAAGCCAUAGAACAUUAAUUUUCGAACGGAAAUAUGCAAAUUUGCAAUCUGAUCUUUUGACAGCAGUCUUUUAUCAUUGGUUUGAAGAUAUUUACACAAAAAUUUGCUCUUUCCAAGACAAAUGUUAAAAAAAGUUGUAAGAACAGAAAAUCUGUGAGAGUGCAGCUUUAAUUCGAUAUUUUUGUCUACAAGUACAUAAACUUAACAACAGAAAAAACAGCAUUCAGUCCGUCAACAAUGAUUACAAUUUUUAUUAAAAUACAAUGUCAUGCUCACAGUCCUUUAAUUAUCUUGACAGGGGCCAAUUGUAUAAAACUUCGAUAAGUUGUCCACAGGUUAUCGUUUGGCUAAUUGACCCAUUCACAUGUUUUGAUUGGUUAGUUAUUAUUGUAUAAAUAUUGACCAAUCAAGAAACAUUUUUGAUAAUUUUGAUCAAUCAAAAACUUAACCGGUUUUAUACAAUCAGCUAUAGAUGGUUACCCUUAUUUUUCUCUACCAACAGCGUUACCUGACCCACACAUAUUUUUUUUUUUGACCCAAUCAUAUUCAUUUAACAACCAUUAUGAUGAAGAAAUACACUUUUGUGCUAUGAAUCAAAUCUUAAUAUGAUAUGACCCAGUGUUGAAAUAUACAGAAAUACAUGCUGUUUUUGUCCUAUCUAUUUUUUGGUUCUGUCAAAGCACCUUAAGUUUUAAAGUAUCUUUAUUGCGGUGGAAGAUUUACUGUGAACAUGUUAUGAUUCCAUCACAUUGUUGUACCAUUCAUCAGUGGGUAAAUGUUGAUUCACUCCUAAACAUUUCAUUUAAUUAAAGUAUGUUAUUAUAAGGGAAUACUAUAUCUUGAUAAUCCUAUGAAAUAGUAGCAAUUUGAUUAUUAUCAAAUAUACAAGUAAUUUUGUUAGCAGGCAUAUCAUAUGUAUAUGUAUACACAUCCAAUCAGUCUGUAAUGUUAAAUGAUAUUAGCAUACAUGCCAUAUUUCUUAGAGGCUUCCCAGGGGAUUUUGGUCUGAAUUCAAGGGGAUUUUGAUAUUACACCAGGGGAUUUUUACGCGAUGAAAAUUUGCGCAAUAUCUGCAUACAUAAUAUAAGAAUUAAUACAGAAAUACACUCAAAUUACAAUAAUUUUUGGACUUAGUCAUCAUGGUCCUUCAUGGAAUUUCACACUCAUAAUAUUAUUGAUGCUCUCCACUGUAAACCUUAAGCAAGUUUUGAAAAAAAAAAAAAAAAAAAAAAUUUUUUUUUUAAUUCCAGGGGAUAUGGAUCGAAAUUCCGGGGUUAUUUUCGCCCGCCGGGGGAUAUGGCUGUAUGUAUUAGGCCCGCACUACAUGUUUAUUGGAAAAGACUGCUUUCCUUUGAUGGUUGAUAAAAACUUUUUGUGAACUAAGAAGUGUAAGGCUGUGAUUCCUGUAUCAUUUAUCUUUAAUGGAAAAUACAAGAGAAUGUUCACACUGAAUCUUCCACCGUAAUAAAAACCAAAGGGAUAGUCAAAUAAAACAUGUUUUUUUUAUAAUCAUAAAGUAGUGAAAAUAAUGUGUUAUCUUCAGUACAGAUACAGCGGGAUAUUUGGUACUACAUAUACAAUUACAAACAGCUAUUUUCAUACAGAACUCAAUAAAGGCACAUUUCAGUAAUGUGACCCUGUAUUAACAGUAUUUUGUUAAGUGCUUUGUUAUUCCUGCCAGUAUUUCGUAGGUAUAUGUCACUGCCAUGACUUGUUAACUAAGGCCUUUGUGAACACUUCUUUCCGUUUGAACAUGUAGACAAUUGUGAACACCUAUGCCUUUGUGAACACUUAAGCAUUGUGAACAUGUACGUAUUUGUGAACACCUCUGUGACCAUUUAAGCCUUAUGCACCUACCAGUAGGCUUUUGUAAACACUCAAGUCUUUGUGAAUAUGUCAGCUAGUCUUUGAGAAUUUAGACCUUUGUGAACAGUUCCAUUCUGAAUUUGCAUUUGCAUCCAUCAUAAUUUUGUGACUAGAUGUGUUAUUCUAUGAGAGGUAAUGUAUGUGUGAAAGUAUUAUAUGUUCACUAUGAACAUAAUGAAUUGCAUUCAUCUUAUUGUUAAACAGAUAUUUUCAGACUUUUUGCGUAUUGGCAAGUACCAAACUAUCAUUCAUGCAUAUACAAUGAUUUAUAACAUAUGUGAUGCGGCAUCAGUUAUGUUGAUAAUUGUUUCCUUUUUGUUAUUGGUCUUGUAAUAUUUAUUUUGUGCAUUUUAUUUCGCCUAUGGAUAAUUCAUGUCAUUGUUUGAGAACAUCAGUGGUAAGGUAAAACAGAAUCUAGCAUAGUCCAAAUUUUUAUAAAUUGCAGCCCUUCCAAAUUUUAAGAUCAUUUUAUAAAUAACGGCUCAGUAGUCGUGUCAACGCACAAAUCAUACCCUUGCAUUUUAAAACUGUUAUAAAAUUUCAAUUAAAUUUGAAACAUUUACAGAAUAUUUAACUGUUAUUCCUGAGCUUACAAUAUUUUGUUCUACACUUUUUUAUAAAUUGGCCAAGAUGUGUGUAGUUGAUAUCAUACCACUAUAUACAAUAGUUUAACCUCCGACUGUCGGAAUUAUUUUUUGAACUACCUCUGAAUAUUUGAUAAAACAUCUCGCGACAAGCGAAAAUACAAUUUUUUUAAUGUUACACUUUUUUUCCACGAUUCAGUGGAUUAGAUUGUUAAGACACUAACAGUGAAUUUGGUAUAUAAUGUUUCCUUUAAACGAAAAGAAGAAGGGAUAUAUUCAAUUUUACAACAUCGUUGAUACUAAAUAAUAUGUUUAAAAAUAUGCAAGAAUAAAAGUAUUAGAUAAGACCAUUCCAAGAUGAGUUAAAACAUAUGAUAUGUUAUUUAAUAUUUAUACCGGUAUACCACCUAUGUAAUAAUCUAUACCAUAUUUUCUAUGAUCCUACCAAUAUAUGUGCUGUAGAUAAUUGAUAAUCAUAUAUAAUUCACCUUAUACAUUUUUUGCUAUAGUUUCUUGAAUUUUGUAAGUGCUUACUUUUAAAGAUUUAUUUCUUUAUUGUCACAUUGUAGAAGUUUUCUUUAUAAAUAUUUAAUAUUUUUUCUUUAAGAUAACAUGUAAUAGAUCAUUCCAUUUGAUUGUGUAAGAUCAUGUUUAUAUUAAUACUAAUUCAAUUUUAUUUACAUCUAAAGUAAAGUAACAGUUAAAAAUAGUUAUGAAAAUAUAUAUUGUGGUCAAUUAAUACUGAAGGAUCCUGUUAUUCUUCACAGGAUUUUACUGAAUUUAAGUGAAGUGUUUUCCAUGUUUCAGAUAUGUUAAUGUUGUCAUCUUGCAGUCAUCUGAUCCUGUAUUUUGUCAUAUAAAUUGAUUGAUUUAUAA